AUGCGCCGUCCUACAUUACGCCUGAAUUGUUUGUCACGUCUUUUCAAAAAGUUACAACGUCAUCGCACAAUUGCAAACUUCAAGAAGCCAACAUCCUCACCCAAUGCUCAAUACAUGACCACUACUACUGAUGAUGCUGCUGUCAUUGCACCACCACCACAACAACAACAUCCGAAAACACUCGCCACAACAACAACAGCAGUGCCAGUGGUAUCCAUCAAGUACGAUGAUGUCAAUCAUGAUGCAUACCAACAAUAUGACCAAGAUGAUGAUGCAUCAAGUGUUUCAGAUUAUGGAGACGACGAUGAGGAUGGAGUUGCAGUAUGUGGGUGUGGGCGACCCUUAGACCGUGGCUGGCAUUGCCCAAAUUGCCGCCACACUUGCACUCAAUGUGGAAGGUCCCUGAUCAUUGGCGAGACAUGCGACCGAUGUGCUCGGGUGCAACUCCCCGCAACAACAGCAAUCCAACAUUGA